UAAAGUAUCCUUGAAAAGGGGUUUUGACUUGUCAAACAGUGGUGGCUUUUUCUGGACCUCGGCAAUGAACUUCUCCGCAAAGUUGUCUGCCAUCUUAAAUGCGCGAGCCUUUAAAUUAGAAUGGAUUCUGAUUGGCUGUCAGUGUUUUAUCGUUCAACAGCUCAAAGAAAAAAAUCAUUCUGAAAGUGAUUCCAAUUAUAUAGUUUCUCUAUCAUUAUAUCUGUGGUGUGGAGUUUUCGUGAGAAGUUCAAAUGUGCGUAUAAAUACGAAUAGUGUAUGCAGUUUUUAGUGAAUGAGACCCAAUGUAAGCAAUGACCUGAGAUUCAUGUACAUUUAUCCUUUUUAAAUGGUCCAGUUAUGGUUGACAAUAUCUAACAUGAGUCGGGGUGACACCACAAAAAAAAAACUGCAGAAGUCAGAAAGGCAAAAACGGUAAUGACUGGUUUAGUGUUUAGUGUGUGGUAGCAGAUAUUGGAAAGCAACAUCUCACUAUUCAGGAGACAUUCAAUGGCAUGUAAGGUCAAUACAUAGGACAUUAUACUGUGUUAAGAUCACAUACAUUCUGUUUGUGUUCAUGCAAAGCAUCACGUGUGUGUGUCUAAAACCUCUUUCCAUUUAAUUAUCACUGCUUCUUUUUAUAGUAAUUGCUUCAAUUGGUUGGUUUAUCAAUUCCCAAUUCACUUUUCACCAAAAAUGCUUCUUUGGUCAUGUCUUUUCUUAGCGCUGCUGCUGACCUCUAGAAGCAGGCGCAUGUUUCCAUGUACAGUAUCUACCCUUAAUGCACAUUAACAAUGUGACUGUUGAUUUAUCUCAGCUGAUGUUGGAGUGUUUCACCUUCAGACCCGCUACCACCCUAUCCUGAAGUCUCCGCUCUUCUUGGUUUUGCCAUCACUUCUUGCCAUCUCGAUUAAAACGAAAACAACUGUGACUGUAACUUCAAGAAAGAGUCCACAUUCCAUCACAGGCUACAGAAAUGUGGCAGAGCAGGUGAAUUUCUCCACUUCUCUGUUAAAGAGGUAACUUUCACACACCUGAGUUUACCUCCAAAGCCAGCCCUCAUGUUCACGUCACCCAAAAAGCAGAACCAGUUUUACAAUAAAUAGGUCCAUGACACGAUAUCUCCAUACAUUCACAGCCAUGAAGUCCCGUUUUGAGGUUUGUGUGCUGGCCGUGAUGAUGCUGAGCUUGGGAUUGUGGGUCCGUUGCGACAUUCCCAGCUCCCUGUGUGGAGCAUACAUGGAAGGAGACGUUAAUGUCGCAAUUUUGAGCUCGAUUCACUCAAAAGUAAUCAACCUUCACAAGCGAACUAGACCUCAGCCAUUCGUCUGUACUGAUUUUGAUCUGGUCACAUUUCUACAAUCGAUGGGUGCCAUCUUUGCAAUUGAAGAAAUCAAUAACUCCAUGCUUCUUCCGGGGAUUAAGCUGGGAUAUGAAAUCUGUGAUCCCUGUGCAUCUCCCACCAAAGCACUGCACUGUGUGGAACAUUUACUGGCGAUUAACGGAUCUCUGCCGGCCCUUUCAGACUACUCAGACUUUCGUCCGCCAGUGAAAGCUCUUCUGGGAGAAAGAUACUCAGAGUUAUCUAUCGCUAUUGCCAAGCUCCUCAGCCUCUACCUGUGUCCUCAGGUCAGCACCCAAUCCUCUGCGCCAGUCCUGAGCGACAAACUGCGGUAUCCGUCCUUCAUGCGCGUGAUUCCGAGUGACGUCUACCAAGCUCAGGCGCUGGUCAAGCUCAUAUCUCAUUUCUCAUGGAACUGGGUUGGUGUCGUGUAUGGAGAUGAUGACUACGGUAGAGCGGCCUACCAAAGCUUCAUGCAAGAGUCUGCAGGAAAAAUAUGUGCUGACUUUGAGAAAGUGGUACCACACUACUUGGACCACGUCGAUAUCGAAAAGUACAUCAAAGAUGCUGCCAAGACCAUAAGAGAGUCUUCUGCCAAGGUGGUGCUGCUCAUUCUGAAGCCGCAGCUGGUGGAGAAGCUUUUCAAGGAGAUGAUCCAGACCAACACAAGCAGAGUCUGGAUUGCGAGCGACGCCUGGUCCAUAUACCGGCCCUUAACAAAGAUGAAUGACAUAAACAAAGUUGGUAAAAUAUUUGGCUUUUCCUUUACCAUGGCAAAUAUACCAGGGUUUGAAGACUACUUGAGAAACCUCAGGCCAACGCCAGGAGCAAUAAAUGACUACAUAGAAGAGUACAAGCAGCUGAGACUGAACUGCUCGCUGUGGCCCUCGAACUGCACCGUAGAUGACAUUCUGUACGCAGUGGACCAGAGAGAGGCCUACGGAGAGAGGGUGGCCAUAUAUGCUAUAGCGCAUGGGCUCAGGACACUCCUGAAAUGCGACGAGACCGCCUGCUCCGGAGAGACCAACUUCCCACCCUGGAAGCUAGUGGAAAGUAUGCGCAGUGUGAAUUUCACGCUCGAUGGCACUAGAUAUUUCUUUGAUGAACACGGUGACUUUGUGGAUGGUUAUGACCUCAUUUUAUGGAAGGAAAAUGGUGAUGAACGAAUUAUUGAAAUUGUGGGAAAAUUCCUAUUGAAAAAAGGAGACGUGGAGAUCUUCAGUGAAUACGAGUCGAUAAAUAACAGCCUGCCCUUGUCCAGGUGCUCAAAGUCUUGCAUACAUGGUUAUGCGAAGAACCAGUCAAAGAUCUCCUGCUGCUACAACUGUGUUGAAUGUCCUGAAGGAAAAUAUACUGAUGGAUAUGAUCUCCCCGAAUGCCUAAAAUGUCCAGAAGGAAAGUGGUCUCUUAAUGGAUCAAGUAAAUGCGAGGAAUUCCUGGAGAUAUAUCUGGCUUGGACUAACAGUUAUCCCAUAGCUCUGUUAGUGGCUACAGCAAUAGGCUUGGUUCUAGUGUUCACCUCAUUCAUCAUUUUCAGUGUGCACAGAAACACCACAGUCAUCAAAAAGGCUGACAAUAAAAUGUCUUGUUUCAUGUUACUGGGGCUGACGGUCAGCUUUGUCAGUGUAAUCAUGUUCAUCGGCAGGCCAACUGAGCAUCAUUGCAGGGCACAGCAGGCCUUGUAUGGUCUCGGUUUCACCCUGUGCGUUUCUUGCAUCCUGGUUAAAGCCUACCGUACUUUCCUGGCUUUCAUGGCCUUUGAUCCAGACAAGCAGCAUCAGCUUAAAAAGCUCUACAAGCCUGUUAUCAAUUUGGUCCUGCUUACGGGUGCUCAAGGACUCAUCCUGUUGUUAUGGAUGACUCUGGGAAAGUCUCCUGAACCAGUUAAGAAGUGGCCUGGAACUGGCCUAGAAAAAUAUGUUGUCUGCGACGAGGGCUCUAUUAUAGGUUUUGGGGUGAUGCAUGGUUACAUAGCUCUAUUGGCCUUCAUUUGUUUCUUUCUUGCAUUCAAGGGUAGAAAAGUCCCACAUGAUUUCAACGAAACUGGCGUCAUCAUAUUCAGCAUGUUGAUUCAUCUGUUUGUAUGGCUUUGCUUUAUACCUAUUUAUAUUGAAAGAAACAAGACCGAACAACGGCACAUUGUUCAGGCUUCAGCCAUCCUGGUCUCCAACUAUGGCAUAAUAUUUUGUCAUUUUGUCCCAAAGUGCUACAUAGUCCUGUGGGAACUGUCCGAGAACUCAAGGGCAUUGAUCAUGGUGAGGUUAGCUGGAGGCAUUAAAGAUGACGCAGCCUCUGACAUUAACAUAUUUCAUGAAGCGGGCCGAAAUACUCCAAACUCAGGCAUCAACUCCCCUGGUGUAGGACCAUCGGUGAUAGAGAUCAGUGUGAUUUCUAAAGAUGUUUCCAGUACUAUAAAGACUGAGGAUUUUUUUAAUACGGAUAGAGGCAGCAUAGAUCCCACAGUGUCCCGCCAUGUCAAGGCGAGGCAAAGACACACUACGAAAUAAAAACUGAAGUGCUGUCUUGCAUUCUUCCAGCAAUUACUGCAACAAAUAAGUGCUUCCUUUGCCAGAAAAGUUAACCUUUUUUUUUUUACAUAAACUGGAUUUUCAUCUUACAUACAUUGUAAAUAUCUCAAUACUGUUUGUAACCUCUUAGCAACUCAUGAUGAAAGUUGCUAAAAGGGUGAGUUGAUGAUUUUUGCUGUAGGUUUUUUUAUAUUUAUUCUUAACUUAAACAGGGAGUCUGCAUUUACAUAUUAAUGUACUAAAUGUAAUGGUGAAGUGAGUAAUCCUAAAAAUAACGAACCAAACUGUUGCUACCUCUGGCCCAUGACACAGAAAUUACACACCUCUUUCUGUACUGUUCCUUUGCAUAUUGUAAAAACUGUACAUUUAAUAAACAAUAAAAACUGA